AUGUCCGCCUCAGACAUUCCCUCUGGUACCGUCGCCGACGACGACUACAAGUCGCGCACCGGCCAGAGUGAAAUCCCCGUCCAGAGUGACAGUGCUGCCAUCGAGGCUACCGAAUACGACAAUGGUGGCGACUCGGAGCAGCAGCUCGAGAAGGACGAAAACGAAGCUAUCGACAAGGCCAACAUCCUCGACGAGCGGACUCGUGGGGCUACGAAGAAGGCAGGAACAUACACUGAGCCGGGUGAUGAUGUGGAUGAUUUGACUGCUGGUGGGGAGGAUGGUACGUCGUCUGGGAGGCAGUAG